CUGUACAUCGCUGCCUGCUCGCGCGUGCCCCAACCGCGUGUUUUCUUUUUCACCGGAUCAUCUUAACGCUGAUGUAGAUGUACCCAGCUGUACCACGUGAAUCACUCGCUAUAGGAUAUCAGCAUCUCGUCAUCUUUGAUACAUCCUGCGGUAUCAGCAAUAUACUCUAUCAUGGCCAUAGGCUCUUUAUUCGCUGCAUCCUAUGAAAACGGGGUGUGGCUAUGGUGGUGGGGGGCUAUGUUCGACGAUAUUGCGAUGACCUGUUUUUUAGAUAUCGCCUUAGACAGUACUGCUCAGACCAUCGCACCGAUCGUACAAUAGCAUUUACUACAAUCAUGUACAAGAAGCAAGUACUGCUCUCCACUGUGUACGGUCUAAACCGAUCGUUUUCGAAACAAGUGAUCACCGGCUUCUCUUUAAAUCGUUCGGGAAGCUUAUCACCUGUGAUACGCAUCGUUAAUCAAGAUUAUUCCGGCGUGGAGUUUCAACCUACCGAAUGGGCCAUCAUCACCGACCACUUCCCAGUAAUCGACAAAUUCUUUACCGCCGAGGAUAACAUCAAGGAGGUACCCGAGGCUUUUAACACUCCUAUUCUCAUGCCCACUCAUGAGCUAGCCUUCACGUACUCAUACGGUGAGCGGGCAAUUAUUAUCAAACCGGCAAUGCCGGUGUCUACGGACAACGAUGGCUUGGGUGUUAAAAGAGCUGGGACAUACACACCUACGGUUGUCAUGAAGAGGGUGUCCUACCUCAAUCUCCAGAGGGUCCUGCGCUGCGUAACCUUUCAAAUAACCAGGCUACACGAGAUUACCGACAGUGCUGACAACUUUAUCGAUCAACAAAGAGGCAUAUCAUCUAUUACUGAUAUUGAACAGUGGGAGUUCAUAAAAAUUCAUGUACUCGGUGGGGCUACUGCUUCCGAAAUUCAUCGGCUGCUGCAUAAGAGUACUGGCAAGACUGCGUACUCUCUGUCUACGCUGGAACUUGAAGACAAAAGAUACUGGUUGGAGAUGGAGCUUUCCGAGGAGUUGGACAUUCCUCACUCUACUAUUUGUAGAAUUUUAACUGAUGAUUUAAAAUUAAGUAGGAGGGAGGAGUUAGAAGUAGGUUUGACCAGAGAAAUAGAGGAGGGCAAUAUCGCAGGCAGAUGUACAGAAGCUUGA